UGCAGUGACGCAAUGCCCCUACCCCAUGCAGGCAGAGACGGAGGAGUGCGAGUGAAUGUGCGUGUGUGAGCGAACGAAAAGAGAAUCGUGAUGAGAAUACCGUCUGGGAGGAUCUGUCGGGUGGUCCCGUAUGCGGUCAUCCCGGCCUGGCUUGCCCCUUUGUUGCUCCCGUAUUGCAGACCGAUGAUUCGAUUGCUCUCUGCCAGUUGCUCUUGCGUGAAUUCCCGCCGAUUCUCAUCAGCCACUUUCACUCCAAUUUGGGGACCCGGGAAUCCCUUCUUUUGCGCCUAUUUCCACGCACAUCCAUCAGUGACGAUGAUCCUCUUUCCGGCGAAGAUAGAGACGAGAGUGACUCACCAUCCCUCCGAGGGCGUAGAUGCAAUCCACCACCUGAUCCAAACAUACGGGAUCGUAUCGUCAAGAGACGAAGACGAGCACGGACAGACAUAGCAGUAUCGUUUUAGAAACGCCUACCAUGUACAGGUUCUUGUGUUCGUAGAGGUCGUUCACUUGAAACAGAUCCUGAGAUUUCAAUCCGUACGCUUCACAUCCCUUCAGAAACAUUUCCACGUUUUCUCUCUGAAUACAGAAAGAAGUUUUUUUUGCAAUGAUGAACCAUUCUCAAUCGUGAAAGGCAUGCGGGGGAAACGGGAGGGAAGUUCACCUGCUUAAAUGGAGCCUUCAUGGUGUUGAUCUUUUUCACGGUUCCCGGCUGAAGAGCAUUGAUGAGCCUGAAAAUAAUCGGGUUUCCGUGAUCAUUAUAUGACCGUUUUGGGAGGCCCAGGUGUUUUCAUCUGAUGUGAUAGAGGGAAAUUACUCGCAAAUGGUGACUCCAUCUUUUAGAAGCGCGGAAAAAUCCAGUUGGUCCUUGAUCUCCUCAUGGUCUGUACCCAAUACAGCAUAUAUCCAUCGCAAGGCCUCUCUGGCGCGAUUCAGGUCGAACUUAGCCUGAGCCUGCAUACCGCAUGUAGGGAGGGAGAGAGAGAAAGAAAGACAAUGAAAGAUAAGGGCCUUUCAAAUAUUGCAUAAAUUUCCUGUGAUUAUUUUAGAACUCCCCUACGCCGUCACGGGGAAUAAAAUGGAAAGGCGAUAAGCAAUCACACCCAUGACGGUGAAUGUCAUCAAUGAUGGUCGUAAACUCGAGAAUCUCUAGGCAUACAAUACUAUUAUCAGAAUGGUAAAUCGGGUAAGGCUUCUGCGAGGACCUUGCAAUUUCUCACUUCGUUCAGGCUAUCCACGGAAAAAAAAUAUAAUAAAACAGCGGAAAGUGAUGUGAACGGCAAAACUCCCACGCCCCGAGCGUGACGUCAUACAAAAACGGCCAUGGAAGCUUAAGACUACUCAGACAUCCAUUACCUAAUAUGGAAUGGUGAACUCUGCGAUGAAUUGAUCGCUCUCCUGGAAGUAUUGUCUGCUCUAGAACAAAGUCUCAUGAAUUUCACAGAAUAUACGCCGAUGGACGAGGCACACGCUUCUCUUUCUCUGUAGGUCGCAGGUGUUGUCGGUAUCUUUCAGUAACGUGAGGAAAGGAGAGGCUUCUUACCUUCAUCUGACAUUCUCGGCUGAGUCCGUAAGCAGGGCCGUGGUAAGCCAUGCUGCGUCCUGGGUCCACUCUCAUGUAAGCGAGCGAGGGAGAGAGAGGGAGUGAAGCAAUCCCCUCACCGCGGACUAGUGGAGCGACCCGGUUUCAUGGGCACAGGCAUCCCGUCCUACAUCCCAGUCCACGUGUGGGAAUUAUCCGGACUGGAGGAAGGGACUCACGUGAAGAUCCUAGGUCGCAUCGUGGACUGGGAGGAGGACCGAGCCGGGAACGUUCUCUGCUACGUUCUCGGUUCCGCCCCCACUCGUCUCCCCGUCCGCGUCCUACUCCGUGGACCCACACGUGAAGAUGGGAUCCCAAUUCGAGGACAGUGGUGCUUUUUCUUUGCGAGCCUCCUUCACCGCUGCCCCGAGCCCUCUCUUCUGUGCAAGGUGGCUCGAGUGGCCGUGAAUGUGGACGGGCACGAGUACGAGGCUAGCGUCGACUCCAGGAGGAUACUGAGCUCUUGGUCCGUCCCGUCCUGAGAAAUUCCAUCCAUCUCGUCGACGAGUUUAUAUCUUUCCUUAGUUCUCCUUUUCUUGGCGACAUCGACUAGGAUGUAUUCAUACCACUGUAAGUACGGGUGCCUCGAAGACUACUCGCACGACUGUAAACCACGAACUCAUUGAAAUAAAAUCUCGAAGGUUUGCUUUCAAGGACUACAUUCAUUACGGACGAGAUGAUGAACUUGAGAGACUGGCA